AUGACAUUAUAUUCAAAUAAUUGGACGACAGUUUCGGAAGAGAAUACGAAACCUUUUAACAAGGAAACGAAAAAGGAAGAUGAAAAAUUAGUAGAUCUAGUAGCCAAAUACGGACCUAAAAAAUGGAAAUUUAUAGCAGCCUUAAUGAAGACUAGAAAUGCUAAGCAGUGCCGUGAAAGAUGGGAUAGUCAUCUUAAACCUGGAAUUCAAAAGGCUGGUAAGAAUCCAUUUACACCAGAUGAAGAAGAGAUAAUUAUGGAAUCGUGUGAUAAAGGAGAAAAAUGGGCAAAAAUUGCUUUAAAACUUGGUAACGGACGAACAUCCAAUGAUAUUAAAAACGCAUAUAACCAAAGACUUCGCCACAAGCAUCAAAAAUCCAGGAUGUCUGUUCAAUACAUAUUAAACAAAUAA